AUGACUGGUAGUGAUGUUAGAGACAUUUUGGAAUUGCCAAAAUCGGCUGGUAAUGAAGGAGUUAGUUCUUCCAAAAGACCAAAACCCGAGAAAGAAAAGAAGCCCGAUGGUGUACCUCGAGAAUUAUUACAAUUGAUCGGUGGACCACCACCUAUAGCUUUCGUAAAGCCAGCUUUAAAAGCAAAACCGCAUAUUAAGCAACAAGCUGCCCAUUGGGAAUGGAAAGAGUUUACAAACCCUAAAAGAAAUGACGAUUUGAAAUUAAAACAUUGGACAAAAGUUACAACAAGUACAGAAAAAAAAAAUAAUUUAAUUAUUGAUAGUAAUAAUAAUCCAAUAAAUGUUGAAAAGUAUUCAGAUGAAGAAUAUAAUAAAUAUUUAAUAGAUAAAGAUUGGUCAAAGGAAGAAACAGAUUAUUUAUUUGAUAUGUGUAAAAAAUAUGAUCUUAGAUUCAUUGUUAUACAUGACAGAUAUGAUUUUCCAAAUAAAACAAGAACAAUAGAAGAUUUGAAAGAUAGAUAUUAUUCAGCAUGUAAAAAGAUUUUACAAAUACGACCAAUGAUACCUGGUAAUCCUUCAGACAAAGGUACAAUGAUUGCAUUAAAUAGUUACGAUAAAGCAAAGGAAGAACUAAGAAAGAAGAAUUUAUGUCUUUUGUAUCGUCGUACUAAUGAACAAAUAAAGGAAGAAGAAGAGUUAUUAGAAGAGUAUGAACGUAUUGAGCAAAAUGAAAAGAAAUUUCCAAAAAGAAAGAAGUCACUUCUUAGUGGACCACCAACUCCUAUAGUGGAAAUUAGUAAUUCUUCGAUGUUUUAUGCUUCAAAUGAAUUAGCAACAAAAAAGAGCCGUCGUACUUCAGCGUCUUCAGCAGGCUCUAUAGUAUUAGAAGCACACUCACCAGUUGAAGUUCUUGUACCUAUAAUAUCAAGAAGAGAAAAAUUUGCACCAGGUGUAGUAGUUAGAAGUCAGAAAAUACCAGUACCAAAACAAAAUCUCACAGUAAAAGUACAAAAGGCUCUACAAGAAUUUGGUCUUGGCAUUAGACCAAAUAUGCCAACUGAAACAGUUUGUGGUAAAUGGACAGAAUUGCAAAAGGCAAUACAAAAUCUAUUAGAUUUAAAGAAACAUGCUGAUAAAUUGGAACAUGAAUUAAAGGUAAGCCCAUGUGGUGGUGCUGUUGAUAAAUUUGUCAAUGUCGGGGAUCAUAAACGUUAG